AUGGUCUCCUUCAAAGUAAACCGCCACCUUCUGCUCCUCUCUCUCCUCCUCUCUUCCACCAUCCCCGCUCGCACCCAACAGACCGCGCUCGUCGCCCUGCCCACGUUCUCCACCAUCUCCAACACGAGCGUCAUGGCCUCUUCCGCCUCUCCCGAGUGGCUCCAGGAGCAUCUCACCACCCUCCUCAACUCGCCCUACAUCCACUUCAAGAACCCUGGCCCGCUGGGUCUGCGCAUGGGCCCCGGGCCUAUUGACCUCUUCAGCACCCGCUUCAACAACAUGUUCACCAAGGACGCCACCGGUGUCGUUGCCGGGAACGAGGUCGACAAGGCGGGCUUGAAGGAGAGCAUCCUCGCGCUGCAGAAGAAGUGGAACCCGGAUACCGCCACUUUUUCGGCGCAGGAUACGACAGAGCCCGGUCAUCCGGUCACGCGCUUUGCGUGGGCUCAGAAGAACUCAGGGACUCAAGCUGAGGUCACUGCUGCUGCAUCCGUGCGCGAAGAGGGCGGCUCCCCGCGCAUCGACACCCUCACGCUCGACGGCGACGAGGCGUUGUUCACCAACUAA